AUACGAUAUAUUGUAUGUAUUGAAUACUAUAUGACAUUAUAAACAGUGUUAUUAUGUUUUUUGAUAUAUAAAUAUCAAAUUAUUUAAUAAUUUAUUGAAAGCCAUGACUCAAACAAAUCGAUGAAACAAAUGUUAAUUUAUAUUGACUUUGCAUAUGAUUUACUCAUCAAUAGUGCACUCAAUUAGCCAUAUAUUAAGCCAUUUGUAAAAACAUUUUGUCUAUUGAUUUGUAUUUUUCAUAUCAAUUGAUCAUUUGAUCCAUUGUUCAGUGAUUUCUGAAGACAACAAAAAUCGCUCACAUGUUGGCAAUCAAUUGUUUUCAAUGAUCAUCACCACUAUCUAUGCAUCAAUCCAUUUGAUCCCAAUUGUUACCACUAAUUGCUGCAAUUAUUUGUGAUAUUAAUUGAUUAGAAAUAAAAUCUUAAGAAACGAUUUACGAUUGACACCAAAGCAUCGGUUGUCAGUUUGUAUGACAUUUCGAAGUCGUUGUUAAAACUAAACAAAUAUGAGUUGCGAGACAUCGAUAUCAUCUGCCAGAGCAUCAGUCAUGAUCUAUGACGACAACACCAAGAAAUGGUUGCCAAGUGGUUCUUCAUCGGGUUUGUCUCGGGUCCACAUCUAUCAACACAUACAGAACAAUACAUUCCGAGUCGUUGGACGCAAACUACAGGACCACGAAGUUGUCAUCAAUUGCGCCAUUUUAAAGGGUCUUAAGUAUAAUCAGGCGACGCCUACAUUCCAUCAGUGGAGAGAUAACCGUCAGGUCUAUGGACUCAACUUCAGCAGCAAAGAAGAGGCCGACGCCUUUGCACUCACAAUGAUUAAGGUAUUGGACGUAUUGAACCAAAAUGUGACCAAUAAUGUGACCAAUAAGAUGGCCGAUAUGUCCAUAACAUCGAACCAACAGCCACUCUAUGGACAUAUCGGUACACCCGAUGACUAUGGCAUCGGUGGCGGCGGUCAGCAGUGGAAUCAAAAUCAAGUUAAUGAUAUUAAUGAGUGGAAACAACAGCAAAUGAUUCAAGAUAUGAAUCAUAUGAAUCGUGUGGUGAAUCACAAUCACAUAAUGAGUCAACCAAUUAAUCAACAAAUGUCUCAACCAAUGUCUCAACCAAUACAACCACCCAUACAGUCAUCAGUUCCUCAGAUUCCACAGUCAGUACCACAGCAACCAACUUAUGGUACGCAUACACAUCAUAGAAACCCUUCUGCUACUAAUAAUGGUGUUAUUACUCAACAAACGCAACCCAUUCAUCAAAUGCCACAACAAAUACAACCGAUUCAUCAAAUGCCACAACAAAUACAACCACCCGUUCAAGCAAUUUGUGCCCCACCUCCACCACCGCCGCCACCACCACCUCCGGGUCUAUUAAGUGGUCCGCCACCCGCUCCUCAAAUGCCACCUGUAAAUAGGCCAGCUGUGACCAAUACUACCAGUACCAGUAACAUGAAUGGCACUUCUCCUUUACCGCAAACGGGUGGACCCGUCAACUUAGCUUCAGCUUUGGCUUCAGCCAAACUUAAACGAACAACUUCUUCGGCCACAAGAGAUGAUAGUUCUGGAGAGACUAAUACAAGAGCUCCGGUUGCCAACAAUCUAAUGGAUGAAAUGGCUAAAACAUUGGCCAGAAGGAGGGCACAGGCAGAAGGCUCACAAACUUCUAGUUCCGAUCAAUACGAUAGCAGUUCUAAUAAUACUAAUAAUAACACUUCUUCCAGAAACCGUACCACCAAUGGAAGCAAUAGUCCAUCAAAAGAUAAUAAUAAUGAAACCAAUACUCAAAGACAAAGAACGGGAUCAGUCGAUAGCGAUCCCAUAAAAGUUAACGGAAUCGACGGAUUAGAUGUCGAAAGAUUCAAAAAUGAAAUUAUGGGUGAAAUACGUAAAGAGUUUAAUAAAAUGAAACUCGAAAUAAUAGAUGCCAUAAAAAUGGAAUUAAAUAGAAGAUAAACUCAUCGAUAAUGGAUUAAGUGGUAUAUAUCUAUUAAUAUAUAUAU